UCUCCCUUUCUUCUCCUUAUAAGCCCCACAAUCCGCUCUCUAUCGGCUAUCGCCUUCAUCGAACAGGAAUCAUCCAAAUCCUGAUCUACUGAAUUAGGGAUCGGGAACCUAGAUUUCUUUCCUUUUCGGAUAAGGAAGGACGAAAUUUGCUCACCAGUACUGUGCUAUUGUUUAUUGCUUCCAAAAAAAUUCCUUGUUUUUUUUUCCAGUACGUCGAGCUCGGCUGUUCAGCAUUCGGGCACUCGCUUAAAAGUUUCGAUUUUGAUAGCUCCUGGAGUUUCUUUGGAGUUAUUUUUCUCCGAUUAGAGAUUUGCCGCUUUUUGGAUGAGGGUUAGCGGAAACUUGGUUGCCGACGACCACGACGGGAGGGUAGAAUUGGCCCCCGAGAACAGCAAGGGUCCUUCCAAGAAGGGCAAGCGGCGGCAGAAGAAGGCGGUGAGAGCUGUGCAAAGGCUGUUUGAGACUUGCAAACAGGUUUUUUCUGAAGGCGGACCAGCCGGAAUCAUUCCAUCACCGGAGGAUGUUGAACGCCUUCGAUCUUUACUGGAUACUCUGAAGCCUGGUGAUGUUGGUCUAAGUCUGAACUUGCCAUAUUUUGAAAAUUUUGGGAUUGAUGAACCUCCUCCUGUAACAUAUUUGCAUCUUUACGAGUGCCCUAAUUUUUCAAUUGGUAUCUUUUGCUUACCACGAGCAGCUGCAAUUCCACUCCACAAUCACCCAAGCAUGACUGUGUUUAGCAAAAUCCUUCUCGGGUCCAUGCACAUUAAAUCAUACGACUGGGUUACUCAGGGCUUGAACGAGAAUAUCAAAUCGUCCAGUGGUGCAUGUCUAGCCAAGAUGAACACUGAUACCGUCUUUACUGCGCCCUGUCGGACAUCUGUUUUAUACCCUACCUCGGGGGGUAACUUGCAUUGUUUUACUGCAGUAACCUCAUGUGCAGUGUUAGACGUCCUUGGACCACCAUAUAAUGUUGACGAAGGGCGCACCUGUACGUACUACAAGGAAUAUGCAUUCUCAACUUUCCCGGGUGAUGCGACUCUACUGUCAGGCAAGAACGAGGAGUAUGCAUGGCUCGAAGAGAGGGGGAGCAAGCCAGAUGAUCUUGUCGUGCGUGGGGCAGAGUAUAGAGGUCCGAGGAUUUUAGAACGCUGAUUUGGACUUGCAAAUGAUGCUGAACAUGGCUGCAAAAGAGUCGAUGUACAAAGAAAACCAAAGAACAUCAAAGCAACAAGAUUAGAGCAAAGAUCAUGAGCUCAAAUUUCUUCUGCUUCCUAAUAGAUUGCUUUAGAUUGUAAUGGCUUACCAUCCAAAACAAUCUUAGGAUGAGUUCAUGGAACUUAAACGCCCUUCUGUUUUUUGCAAGGGCCGAAACUGAGUUCGUCAAGGACUUUUGUUUUCCUUAUUUCUUCGUUCGUUCUUUUUCCCUUUCUGUAAGAAACCAUGGUGCAAAAGCAUAACUCCUAGUCGAUUUCGACGCGCCA